AUGUCAGCUACGUUAGCGACAUACCACGGUGGGGAUGGUGAUGGCAGGGAUCCCCCUGAUCCUUCUAGGGUACCGUCGUCUUGCGAAGCAGUUCCACCUCCGGUCAGAAAGGGUCGUGGGGUUGCCGCAAACGCUAAUCUCGAAAAAAAAAGGAGAGAAGCUGGUAAGCCCUUACCGGUGGAGGUAGAUCUUGAAACCGGCAAAGUAGUUGGCACUGAAGCCAGCAAUUAUGUUCGAUUUCUUGGCCAACAAGUGAGCAUGUUGUGCCCGGGUGGUCAUCUAAAUUUUUCCGAUGUACCCCAACAAUACAAGGAUCAAGUGCUCAAUCGAAUCAGAUACUACUUUGAUAUCGAUGGGAAUCCCCACCGAGACCUACUUAUGGGGACUUUAUAUUCGGUGAUGGCGGAGCGGUAUAGUGAGCGAAAGACGCUCAGACACAAGCAUUUCAAACAACAUUACAAAAAACCAGAAGAUUGGGACACAGUUCUCAAAUUCCCCCCUGACUACUUGAAUACCGAGACUUGGAAACCGGUUUGCGAAUUGUUCGUUAGCGAGGCAUUUUUGAAUCGUUCAACUAAAAAUAAAUCGAAUCGGCAACUAAUGAAAUAUCCAACAACGCAAGGCACAAAAUCGUUGGCGUCCAUACGCCACGGAAUGGGGGGUACUCCUGGAGAGCAUGUAGUUGACGCAUGGAAGGAGAUCCAUGUGAAAAAACCGUCUGGAACUUUCGUUAAUGAAUUAGCUGCAAAAGAUUAUGAGGAACUGAUCAAGGAGCUUGAUAGGAAGCGACUUGAACGACAAUCCCAGAGCGAUGCGAGUGCCGAAUCCGAAUACCGAUGCGGUUAUCAGUUUGACGUAAUGGAAACAGUUCUAGGCCAAAGAUCUGACUAUCAAAGAGGCGUGGGUAAAAGGCUCAAGGGCAAAGGAAAGAAACCAAUCCCUCAAACUCAAUCAACGGUGCCUCCCCAACCAACUACUGAGAUGAUGAGCACCAUGGCAGAUAUAUUCUCAGCUAUGCGUGCCACUUGGGGGGGUAAUUUAACGCCUGAACAACGUGCCCUAAUAUUUAACCCACGCUUUGACAAUUUCGUUCAAACGUAUAGUCAAUCGCAGUCGCCUGGUGGUUCGUCUUCUCAGAGUCAUGCCGCUCCUCCGGAACAGCAACAACAACCUCCUACGCAACCACAAUUUCAGCCUUCCUCGCAACAACAAUUCCAAAAUUUGUCACGCAGAAUUUGA